AGAUAAGAUACAAGAAUAGACCCCCAUCAGUAAUUACGGUCGUGCCGUGUUUCUAGUCAAUCAAUAUGGUGAUGGAAGUUAGAGUGAGAGAGUCAUCCGUUGUCAAACCGGCAGAAGAAACACCAAAAGUGUGUUUAUGGACGUCAAACUUCGACCAGCUAUGCGUAGUACACGCACAAGCUGUGUAUUUUUACAAGCCUCCAGAAUCAGACGACGGUUUUUCUUCCAGUUCUGGCGAUUUCUUCAACUCUACUGUACUCAAGCAUGGUUUAAGUAAAGCUCUAGUUACUUACUACCCAGUUGCUGGGAGAUUGAAGAGAAAUGAGUCAGGUAGAGCUGAAAUCCAUUGCACUGGUGAAGGUGCCAUUUUUAUAGAGGCAGAAACAGAUUCAUUUAUGAAGGAUCUCGGCGAAUUCACUCCUAAUGAACAACUUGCGCCUCUCUUUUCUAGAAUUGAUUAUAGCGAUAUCUCUUCUUAUCCACCCUUUCUGGCUCAGGUAACUCAUUUCAAGUGCGGUGGUGUUUGUCUAAGUACAGCACUAAGCCAUAUAUUAGUCGAUGGAGUCUCCGGAAUUAACUUCAUCAAUACGUGGUCAGAUCUAUGUCGAGGAGUUGAAGACAUUAAAAAACCUGUCCCGUACUUUGAUCGAACCUUAUUACGUGCUCGUGACCCGCCAAAAGUUUAUUUCUCUCAUAUCGAAUACAAACUACCUUCUGUUGAUUUACCUGCUACUUCACCCUUACCCAAAAUUGCAAUUGCCAAGCUAAAUCUCUCAACCCUGCAGGCCAAUCAACUGAAAUCCAAAUGCAACAAGUACCAGUACCGCCGGUUCAGUUCGUACGAAGUCAUGGCAGGACACAUAUGGCGUUGUUUAUGUAAAGCACGUGAACUUAAAGACGAUGAAGAAACCACAAUAUCUAUCCCAUUAGACUGUCGUUCGCGUUCACGUCCUCCUCUUCCUGAUGGUUAUUUCGGGAACGCCAUAUUUGAUAAUACUGUAAGGGCAUUUUCAGGUGAUAUUGUCUCAAAACCAUUAAGUUACACCGUUAAUUUAAUACACGAGACGUUCAGGUCAUCUGGAAACAAUGAGUAUCUUAGAUCAGCCAUUGAUUAUCUGGAACUAAACCCAAGUAUCCGUACCAUUGCCAAAGGUAAGGGAUGCAAUUUCAGACUUCCAACCUGGGUUAGAUUGCCAUUAUAUGAAGCUGAUUUUGGGUGGGGAAAACCAAUUUAUGUGGGUCCGGGUGUGAAUAGGUUUUUGGGUCGAACUUUUCUGAUUCCAAACCCGGCGGGGAGUGACGGUGGCGUUUGUUUAAUUAUUCCUUUGGAGUCUGAAUAUCAGAUGAAUAUUUUUAAGAAAGAUUUUUAUGAUAUUUGAUUUGAUCGGUCACCGGACUUCAUUAAAAGUCGCAAUGGGAAUUGCAACUUUAAACUAAUUUUGCUCCUGUUAUGUUUGGUUCUUCUUUAAAAUUAAUUUUCC